AGCACUACAAAACAGAGAUCUAUACAAGUCUUUAUCUUAGAAAGAUGCUCACAAAGACAAUAUUAUCCUUUGUGGCACUGGGCACUAUUGCUCAAGCUGUCCAAACAUCAGACCAGUUUGUCUUUUCAGAUAUAAAUGCACAGCAAGAAGUUCUGGAAAUGACUGUUCAUUCUUGGCUCACAGGCACCAAAGCACCAAUGUCAUGUAGCUCUUGCAUUUCAGCAAUGCAAGUUGUCAAACGAAUGUCUUUUGUCUCAGAUGCAAUGCUCAUUAGCUCUCUUGUCAAUGUGUGCAAACGGUCAAAGAAACUAGAUCCCGAAGUGUGUCAAGGUGUUAUUGAAGAACAAGCUCCUGUCGUACGUAAAGUCUUAAAGACUAUGGAUGUUUCUGGUCGAGAUGGACAUUUACUCUGUGCUGCUGUUCUCAAUUCAUGUCCUUAUCCAGCUGUCAUUCCUUGGACUGUACAAUUCCCAAAGUCAAAACCAAAAAACCCAAUUGUGAAACGAUCAAAAGGUCAAUUAAUUUCGGUAGUCCAGCUGAGUGAUUGGCACAUUGACCCUGACUAUCAGGUAGGAACAGAAGUGCGGUGCAGCAAACCAAUUUGUUGCAGAGCUGCCUACACAGAUUUCCAAAAUAUCACAAAACCAGCUACCUUUUGGGGUGACUACUCAUGCGAUACACCUGUGAGUCUAGUCAGUUCAAUGCUAAAAUAUAUCCCUACUGUCGAACCAAAGCUAGCGUUUGGUCUGAUCACAGGAGAUUUACCACCACAUGAAGUCUGGUCUACUUUACCUAUCACAAAAACCCAGUGGGUCGAAGAUCAGUCAUUUGGGUUACUACACACACACUUUGACGCUCCCUUGUUAAAUACCAUGCUUUAUCCUGCUGUGGGUAAUCAUGAAUCAGCCCCGACAAAUGUGUUUCCGCUCAGGGAUUCAAAGAUCGCAAUCGAAGACGACAAGGAAUACUUGACCAUGAAUUGGUUGUACAGUAGUCUAGCCAAGAGCUGGGAGGGCUGGUUACCCGAAGAAGCUUUGGUAGAUGUCGAGAAGAAUAGUGCAAGCUAUGUCGCCAGACCAAUCGAUGGUCUCAAAUUGAUUAGUCUCAAUACCAAUUUCUGUUACAGUCUUAAUUGGUGGCUCUAUGAAAACCCUAUUUCACAAGCAAGUUCUCAUUUAUUUAUUUUAUUUUAUCAACAAAAGAUGGACCCUAAUGGAAUUUUAUCCUGGUUAAUUGCUCAACUACAAGAGUCUGAAAAUACGGGCGAGCGUGUGUGGAUUAUGGGACAUAUUGCACCCGGAGACACCACCUGUUUGCAUGAUUACUCCAACUAUUAUCAUCAGAUCGUCGAACGUUACUCUCACGUAAUUGCUGGACAAUUCUUUGGUCAUACUCACAAGGAUGAGUUCCAAGUAUUUUAUAGGGACGGUGACAAGAAUGCACAGAGUGCUAUUUCAAUGGCAUACAUUGCACCUUCCAUCACACCUUACCUCAAUGUAAAUCCUGGGUUUAGAGUUUACAAAGUAGACACAGAUACUUUUGAGGUCGUAGACUCUAUUACAUAUUAUGCUAAACUUGAUGAGGCUGAGAUGUGGGGAGAGCAGGGACCUAUCUGGCAAAAGGAAUAUUCUGCUCGAGAGGCCUAUCUGACUCCAAACACUAUAAUAUCUCCCAAAGCACCGCUAUCACCUGCGUGGUGGCACAAUGUUACAGAGGCAAUGGAAGACGAUCCGGAUAUGUUUCAAAAAUACUGGCACUUUAGAGGCAAGUCUUCUCCAAUUAACCGCAAAUGCGAUGAUGAAGAAGACUGCCGAGAAACUAUUAUCUGUAACAUUCGUGCCGGAAAAUCCGAACAACGGUGUGACUAUGAACCUGAUAUUCCAGAAGGUGUUCCUCCAGAAUACAGUCGCAAAAUCAGAAACAAAGAACGUCACUUGUGCGGUCUUGAGUUAUUGGAUAUUCGUCAUGACCAAUAAAAUCCAAAAAAGAAAGCAAGAAGCAAAGAGAUUGUACUUUAAGUAAAGGAAGAAAAAGAAAGGAAAGGCAGGGAGAGAGAGAGAAAAAUCCGUCAAUGCCAUCACAGUUUAUAUAAGAAUACAUAUUUUUUUAAAUGUCCG